AUGAUCGACGGGUUUGCCAUUCUCCUCUCGAAGCACGUGGAACGGAGCACAGACGAAGAGCAACGGCCACUUCUUGCCAACAAGCCCAACAGCGCUGCAACGGAAACAGCGCCGGCUGGAUAUGGUGCCAUUCCCCCUGUGGGGCCAGGGGAUCCAGAUGAUUCAGACGAUGAAGGGGGUCAUACCGACGACGACAAGGACAUCAAAGAGCGGCAGGCGAAGCGCCUUGAGGAGGAGGGAGGCUGGCUUGGAUACCUAAAAGCGUUCGCAGUCUUCGUGCCUUAUUUAUUCCCUAAAGACGACUGGAUGGUCAUGGGUGCCUUGUUCGUACGUUUGAUCCACAUGCUGCAAGAGCGGUUCCUGAAUCUCCUAACACCUCGACAACUCGGUAUCAUCACGAACAGACUCUCGGAGCCUAAUCCGACCAUGCCCUGGAAAGACAUUGGACUGUGGGUCUUGUAUUCCUAUAUCAACAGCUACGCUGGGUUGGGCAUUUUUGACGGCAUCGCCAGCAUGGUCAUCACUAACUCGGCAUAUCGAAGGAUCACGCUUCUCGCCUAUGAGCAUGUGCUCGGAUUGUCCAUGGACUUCCACACGUCUAAGGACUCUGGCGAAGUCUUGAAGGCAGUUGAACAGGCGUCUUCGCUCAAUUCACUCAUCGAGAUGGUCUUGUUUGAUGUUGGUCCCAUCUUUCUUGACCUCGUCGUUGCAAUGUACUAUGUUACAUCACUGUUUGACGCGUAUAUGGCUUUCAUUAUUCUUUUCAUGGGAGCAGCAUACAUCGCCAUUGGAUGGUAUUUUACUGGACUUUCUCAGCCCAAGCGACGAGAUUAUGUCGAGAAGCAACGAACUGAAAGCUCCACGGUCAACGAAACAGUGCACAACUGGCAGACAGUCGCAUACUUCAAUCGUCUCGCUUUCGAACACAGCCGCUAUGCUGCCAACAUCAUAAACUCGAUCAACGCGCAAUACGCCUAUUACUUCCGCUCUAUGGGAGGUCAUGCGGUUCAAGAUCUCGUCACCACUUUCGGCUUUGCGGGAUGCUGCAUCUUCGGCAUGACUCAGAUCGUCUCUGGACGCAAGAAGGUUGGAAACCUCGUUACGCUUUUGAUGUACUGGAACACGCUCACCUCGCCUUUACAUAUCUCAAGCUCGCUUAUCGACGCGGAACGACUUCUACAGCUGCUCAACACGAAGCCCACAGUGUCAGAUCAGGAAGGCGCCAAGGAGCUCGUAGUCAAGGAAGGUAAAGUCGAGUUCAAAGAAGUUGAGUUUGCAUACGACCCCCGUAAACCAAUAAUCCGGAACGUCAGCCUGCAAGCCGAAGGCGGCCAGACGAUCGCGUUCGUUGGUGAGACGGGAGGUGGCAAGUCUACUAUGCUGAAGCUUCUCUUCCGCUUCUACGAUGUCACCGGAGGUUCCAUCAUGAUCGAUGGCCAAGACUUGCGCUCGGUGACACAGUCCAGUGUGCGUGAAGCACUUGGUCUUGUGCCUCAAGAUCCUGUGCUUUUCAACCAAACCAUUCGUCAGAACAUCCGUUACGCACGCCUCGAGGCCACAGAUGCUGAAAUCGAGGAUGCGUGUCGUGCUGCAGCCAUUCACGACGAUAUCACAGGCUUCCCAGACAAAUACGAAUCCAAGGUUGGAGAGCGUGGAGUCCGGCUAUCAGGUGGCCAAUUACAGCGAAUUGCAAUUGCGCGAGUGCUGCUCAAGAACCCGAAGAUCGUCAUGCUUGAUGAAGCUACGUCUGCCAUUGACUCCGCAACUGAAGAACAGAUUCAAACCGCGUUCCGCAAGCUCAGCAAAGGCCGAACCACAUUCGUGAUCGCGCAUCGUCUCAGUACCAUUGUAGAUGCCGAUCAAAUUCUCGUCGUCGAGAAGGGCGAGAUCAUUGAGCGCGGAUCACACCAGGAGCUGUUGGGUGUUGGUGGCAAGUACUCUGAGCUUUGGACAAAGCAGACAGCGGGCCAUUUGUCGAAUGCCAACUCCAAAGCGCCUUCAAAGGCACCAUCCGUCAAAGGUGAUAAGGAUACCAGCACACCACUGAUCGACAUCACACCCGCGGAAGAGAACUCGGCGAAGGCGACAGGUCGAAGUGACGAUAGCGAUGAGACAGUCGGAAAACGCAGAUGA